AUGAGACCGCUAGAGCGGUUUUUCUACAGUUACGGUGACUUCCUUGCACGUCAUCCGUGGCCUUUUGUUAUCGUACCAUUACUGCUCACCAUCAUCUCUUCCUAUGGCAUGCUAUCGUUUCAUUCACAAGAUGAUAUAUGGGAUAUGUACGCGCCGUUGGAUGGCCAAUCACGUCUCGAAGAGAGAGCGCUCAAGCCAUUCGAGUACGCCUCCGGAUCGCAUCACUACAGAGUAAGUAGCUAG